AUGAAGCCAUCAUCAUCUCUACUCAUUUCAAUGAUAAAGGAGCAUCUUGUAUCGCCCUACAUUUCUGAACAAGCAAAAAACAAUCUUCAAAAAUACAAACCUUCCACUCAACAAGAUUAUUCAAUAAUUUCCAAAUUGCUAAAUCCCUAUUGGAAUUAUGUUUCAAGUUUAAUACCAAAUUAUGUGGCCCCUAAUACAAUUACAUUGGUUGGGUUUAUAGCCGUUGUAGUGUCCUAUGUCAUGACUGUGACGGCUGUCCAUCAAAAUUGGAAUCUCAAAAAAAGUGGAGAGAUAUCGAAUGAACAAGAAGGAACGGGACUACCUUCAUACAUUUAUUUAAUUAAUGUAUUGACUUUGUUUUGGUAUCAAACAAUGGACGCCAUUGAUGGAAAGCAAGCACGAAAAACUGGAACUUCUUCUCCCUUAGGAGAGCUCUUUGAUCAUGGGUGUGACAGUAUUAAUUCAUUAAUGCAAACAGUAUUAGCUUUGGCGCCAUUACAAUUAUUAACUGCUAACGAAGAGCCAUGGAUUUCGUUUGUGACACUUGUAUGUGUCACUUGGAUGUUUUUCAUUUCGAUUUGGCAGCAAUUCUUUACCUCUGUUUUGAGUUUUCAGAAUUUUAGUGGUCCAACGGAAGGCCAAUUUGUGGUCAUGUUUGUGAAUGUGAUGGCCUUUAUAUUUGGUCCGAGACUAUUUAAUGAGAAUUUGUUCAGCAUUAUUUUGAAAGAUGUUUUUAGAGUGUCCAUCGAUGUCACUUCUUCUCCAACUCUCUUUGCAGUGUCACAUUCUCAAUGGCUCAAAUUGAAGUAUCUAGUAAUUAUGGGAAUUGUCAUUUCCACAGUUCCAAGUAUUUUUGGUAUUAUACAUUCUACCAUCAAGACAUUGAAUGAAUCAAAAGAUGUUGAAAAAGCAGAUAAUGAAGUUAGAAAAGAUAUCAAGACCCCAGUUUGGAAAUCAUUAUUUUCGUAUGGAUUUUUCUCAAUUUUAUUUAUUGCGUGGAUGUUAUUUUCAACAAUUUAUUCAUCGAAGAAGAGUUUACUUCAUUCUCAUCUCUUAUUAAUUUUGUAUAUUUAUGGCAUGUAUCAUGCUUACAUUGUGACAAGAUUCAUACUUGCUCGAGUUUGUGAUUUGGGAAUUCCAUUAUUCAUGAAUAUUCUCUUCAUGCUCGUGUUCGCUUUUGGAAACUCGUUGCUGGCAGGAUUUAAUGGCAAAGAGACUCUUGUGGAUGAAUCUGUAGUGUUAAUUGCUCUUGCUGUGAUCAUUACUUUAGCGUACCUUCACAUGGCUUGUAACAUCAUCAUGUCUCUCACUGAACAUUUAGGGAUUUAUUGUUUUAGUGUUGAAAAGAGAAUGUCGAACCACCACAAUGUCACGAAUUCUCCUAAUAAUAGCGAUAGUUGUGGCAGCAAAUAA